AUGCCUAAAUAUUAUUGUGAUUAUUGUGAUACAUAUUUAACACACGAUUCGCCAUCUGUACGUAAAACUCAUUGUCAUGGUAGAAAACACAAAGAAAAUAUUCGUGAUUAUUAUCAAAAAUGGAUGGAAGAACAAGCACAAAAAUUAAUUGAUCAAACAACAGCUGCAUAUAAAUCUGGAAAAUUAACUAAUGCACCUUUUCCUAUGGGAGCACCUCGUCUUAUCAAUCCAAAUAUUGCACCACCACGACCUGGCAUGCCAGCUAUCGUACCACCAUGGGCAUUUAGUUUACCACCUGGCAUGCCACCUUUAGGACCGCCUCCUAAUCCAGCUGCUAUGACUGCACUAAUGACUUUACGACCUCCACCUGGUAUACUACCACCUGUUGGUAUACCUCCUGCUGUUGUUCCAAAAUCUUCUACUGAAUAA